GGCGUGGUGAGAGUCUCCUGCUGGGAAGAAUGAAUGUUCCUCUCUGCCUUCUGACCUUCGCUCACUGGAUUUGCGCCGCGGCCGCAGCGCAGCGCGCCUCUUUGCUCCUUCAGGAGGGGAUCAGCUCGGGACGCAGGACCUGCAGGCUCUACUGCAGGGUUGGCAUCGGCUUCCACCUCCAGAUUCAUCCCGACGGCAGAGUGAACGGCAGCCAUGAGCCCAACCAGCUGAGUGUCCUGGAGCUGAUUGCGAUUUCUCAGGGCGUCAUCGGCAUCAAAGGGGUUUACAGCAACAGAUUCCUGGCCAUGAAUAAAAGAGGACGGCUCCACUCCACCGAAUGGUUCUCAGACGACUGCAAGUUCAGGGAACGUUUCCAGGAGAACAGCUACAACACCUACGCCUCGGUGAUCCACAGGAACCAAAGGACCGGUCGGGAGUGGUAUGUUGCCCUCAAUAAGCGGGGGAAAGCUAAAAUGGGCUCCAGUCCGCGGGUCAAAUCCCAGCACGUCUCCACCCACUUCCUACCCAGGGCCAGCCUGCAUGACUUUACCCAGAAAGGCUUCACCAUCACAGAGCGGAGCAAAGAGAGGAGGAAAGCGCCGCCACCGUCGCCCCCCAGACCCCCAGCCGUGAUCCCGAAAGCCCCCACAGGACCAGUCCAGAGACGCAGACAGGUCAAAUACUGGCCCAAGUUCAGGUUCGGAUAA